AUGCAGCUGAGGGUGGCCGUCCUGGGCGGAGGGGUGAGUGGUCUCGCCGCUUGCUAUUACCUGGCCAGAAGCUCGCUAGCAUCUAAGGUCAUCCUUUUGGAGGGCAGCCAUCGUUUGGGGGGCUGGAUUCAUUCCACCCGGACCGAAGGUGGAGCUGUUUUUGAACACGGCCCCAGAGGGAUCCGGCCUGCCGGGAUAGUAGGAAAAAACACCCUCCUGAUGGUUUCAGAACUUGGAUUGGAAGCCGAGGUUCUUCCCGUUCCAGGAGACCAUCCAGCCUCGAAAAAUCGCUACCUCUACGUUGGGGGCAGCCUUCACAAACUCCCUUCCGGCAUUAAGAGCAUUUUGCAGACAGUGCCUCCGUUCUCCAGUCCUCUUGUCUGGAGUGGGUUGAAGGAACUGUUCGCCACCCGUGGAACGGAAUCCGAUGAGACCAUCCACGGCUUCGUGGCCCGUCGUUUUGGCCAGGAGAUGGCUGAUAUAGCCGUGGAUAGUCUUUGUCGGGGCGUCUUUGCUGGGGAUUGCCGAGCGUUGAGUGUCCGUUCCUGUUUCCCGGCGUUAUUCCUGGCUGAGCAGAAAUACGGUUCCGUUAUAUUGGGCAUGGCCCUUGCGAAAACAGAAACUUCUCCGGUGGAUUGCCGCCUGAUCCGCCAGGCCCGGGAAGGACGCUGGAGCCAGUGGUCCCUGCGCGACGGACUGGAGACCCUCCCCAAAAGUUUAGCUUCCUUCUCCAGAGAACGAGGGGUCGAAAUCCACUGCAACGCCCCGGUGAAGCGGCUGGAGAGAACAACCUCGGGGUCCUGGCAGAUUGCCUUGCAGGACGGCACCGUGGAGGCCGAUCACGUGAUCAGCGCUUUGCCUGCCAGAGCUCUGGGUAACUUGCUCCCCGCUGGAUUUGAACCCCUUACUCAAGAUCUGCUGGCUAUCCAAGCUGUUUCCGUGGCGGUGGUGAAUCUACAAUACGAAAACGUGCAGCUUCCCGUUACGGGAUUCGGCCACUUGGUGCCUUCGUUUGAGGAUCGUCCGCUAUUGGGCAUCGUCUACGACUCGGUGGCGUUUCCUGAACAAAAUGGACACAAGGACUCCAUCACUCGACUGACGGUGAUGCUCGGUGGCGCCUGGUUUACAUCCCACCUUGGUGAUCCGGACACAAUUCCGCACAGUGAGUUGUUAAGCAGAGCUGAGGAGGCUGUGAAGAAGCACCUGGGAAUCUCCGCGGAGCCCGCUUACUCCAUCGUUAAAGUACACAAGUCCUGCAUUCCCCAGUACACCCUCGGGCACUGGAAACACGUCGAAAGCGCUACUUCUCAACUGAAGCAGCAGAAUCUGCCCCUCAGCCUGGUGGGGGCUUCCUACGCCGGGGUCUCCGUCAACGACUGCAUCUUCAGUGCCCAGACGGUGGUGGCUCGGCUGGCGGGCAGCGUCUCCUGA